CUCUUUUCCCUUCCUCAGGCGGGGGGUGGUGGAGGACGGCACUCCUUAAGUUUAAAGUCCCAACCAGCGGCAGACCUACCCGCCUUCAUAGUCCGGUCUCAACGUUUCUGUACUUCGAACGAUGGCUAUAGUGGAGGUGUCCGGGUACGACGAAUUCGUGAAAGCGGUGGAGCACAACAAGGGCAAGACUAUCUACGUCUACUUCACUGGCUCGAAGGGUGCCGACGGAGUAAGCUGGUGCCCGGACUGUGUAACAGCUGAACCAGUAGUUCGUGCUGAAUUAGGUAAAAUGCCUGAAGGAUCUGUCUUCAUCUAUUGUCAAACAGGUACCAGACCAGAAUGGAAGGAUCUUAAAAACAAGUUUCGAACAGAACUGAAAGUCAAUGGAGUACCGACUCUCAUGAAAUAUGGCACACCUCAAAAGCUGGUUGAAGAGGAACUACUCAAGCCAGAACUUGUGCAAUUGCUCUUCACAGAAGACUGAACACUUCCUAAUCUUUCAAUCUUGGAUUCAUGUCCAAGCAUUCUACCUGAUUUAUCUUAUUGUUCUGGAUGAUUUUCCAUCAUUGAAUGCAAAUGAACUACAUUUCUAAUUUUGCCUUGUUUAAUUGUCUUCUAACAAAAUGAAAUCAGGUCAAGUACAAGUUUGCAGAUGUUGAGGCAAUGUAUAUAAAAUCAGAUGUUUUCCAGAUGUUCAAAAGGAUGUACAUAACGGAGAAAAAUAAUCUUAUUUAAUUUGCAAACUUCUGGAAUUUAAGGUGUAAUUUGGAUUGAUAAUGUUUCAAGAGGUAGUAUCAACUGUCAUAUUUAUAAUAUCAAGAUGGUUAAUUACUGUAACAGAAAAUUUCAUUCUGCUAAAUCUAGCAUUCAGUUGUAUUUUAAUAUGGGGGAUGUCUCCAUAAGCAUUAUGGGUUUUUAAAUGGAGAUGAGACAGCAGGUGCUGGAAUAUGGAGCAAUGAAGAACCUGGUGGAUGAACUUGGGUUAAGCAGUACCUGAGGGUGGGAUCAGAAUUGAUGUUUUAAGUUUUUGACUGAAGUGUUAAUGAUUCCUAUUGAAUUCCUCCAGCAGAUUUUUUUUUUGUUUUGCUAAGUAGCAUGAACAUGGUUCUCAAGCAUGACAUGUUUGAUCAUUUGUCUCUAACACGCAAGAUGUAAUGAUACUGGAUGGCACAAUUAAUGUGCAGUGUGGCCUUCAGGAUCAUGGUGUUCUAUGAUGACCUGCGAUUAGUGCAAGUAUUCACAGGCAAAAACAUUAUUUGCAAUGAAAUAUUUUGAUGUUAAAUCAAGGUAUUUUAAUAAACUGUAUAUGCAUCAGU